AUGUACGGCUUCGAAGCUGGUCCAAAGGGAGUCUUUGACAUGCUGGAGCAGUUUGAUCGGCCGGAGUUUGCGAUGAACACUGCCUUCCAAGAGCAGGGUGCGGCCCUGAACCAUCUGCUGUUUGUCGAUGCGGAGCCGGAGGCAGAUGCAGAUCAUUCAGAUAAACCUCGUCAGAAGGAUGUGGAGGUGGUGAUCCGGCACGCGGUACAGGAGGGCUUGCGGAGCGAAGAGGCGCGUCUUUUCCUGAAGAGCAAUGCCACCAUGAAGGAGGUCCGCGAGGCUUUAGCCGAGCAGCUGAAGCUUCCGGCCUCAAGUUGUCGCCUUGUGGAGCGAGUGGGUGCCAGCGGGGCCUUCGCGUCCUUCCGGGACUCCGAACGGAUCCAAGGCAGAAGGGCCUUGCUGGUGAUGGGGGUGGAGAGCCUCAAAGCUCCAGAGGAAAGAGAAAUGGAGCAAAGAGAAGAGGAAAGGCAAAAAGGGAAGGAAAUCGAGAACGAGGAAAGAAGCGAACAGGAAAGAAGGUUUGCUGCGGAGACGCCUCUCAAGCGACAAGCUUUGGCACUGCAAGCCCCCAGGAAAGUUCGACAGUUGACGCUGCAAGAGGCAUUGGCCCUGCAGCGGGACCUGAUACAAGGCUUCUCAAAGCCUGAGUUCCAGGCUCGCAAAGCGGACCUGGAAAGACGCCUGAAGACGAACGAUCCUAAGAACUUCAGCCUGGAAAGACAGGCGCUCUUUCUCACGGUGCAGAGGGCCGUGCUGCCCAAAUACAGCUUGGAAGGAUCGGCAAGGGGAGUGUUCGACAUGAUGCAGCAGUUUGUCGGCGGUGAGUUCGACUAUGACCCGGAAUUUCAAAGACAAGGCUCCAUCCUGACGGGCCUGCUGUUCUCUGAAGACGCCGCGCCGGAAGCGAAAAGCUCAAAGAAGGCAAAGCCCUCAGAGCCCGUGCUGGACGUGGAGGUUGUCGUGCGGCACGCCGUUGAAGAGGUGCGGGCGCGGCGCAAUGCGAGAAGCGCCAAGGAUGGCCCUCUCCGGCUUGGGAAAGCCUUUCCCGUUCGGGGUGCCCUUUUUUGCGGCUUGGAAAAAUAG